AUGAGUAGUAAAGCAAGUAUUAUAACCCUUAGUAACAAGCAGAUUGAAGGAGAAGAUUCUGAAGGCACAAACACUGUGCCAUGUCCUCUGCAAAAUUAUCUCUUUGGCUCUUUAACUGUACUGGUUGGGACUGGGGUAGAGGCAAAAAAAGAAAGGACAUCAUUUAGGGAGCUCUUUAAGAGGAACUUACUCCAUGAUGAUCCUAGCAGGAAAUAUGAAGAAUCAGAUAAAGAAGCAAGGGGAAGAUAUGUAACACGUUUCAUGAAGAAGAUGCUAAAGAAUUUCCAUUCUGCAACAAGCAGCAGUACUCUUUCAUCUAAGAGUGAUGCUGUUGAAUCCAUUUCAAUUAAAAGGAAACUCUCUAAGGUCAGUAAACUCUUACUAACUCUCCUAAGAACGAUAGGUCAAGAUUGGCUUCCAUUUUGCAGUUCUGUAGACAAUAGAAUAAUUGCAAGUGCAAAGGUCAUGCCAACGAACACCAAAACUGAAGCCGUGAACAAAUCGGAUGGAAAACUAUCGGAUUCUACCACAUCUUUGGCAAAAGAUCUUUUUAUUCUGUAUUAA